AUGGCUACUCUAUUGGGUGGCACUGGCUCGCCCUCAAGAGGCAGGUCACGUAGCCCACGGCCGGUGACACCGAUGAGCGACGACGAUUCUAGUAUCGUAGAUGGUCUUUCUGAUAGGAGAAAUAUCAAGGCAUUCGGCCGCAAAGUCACCGCUACAGCUGGGCACCUUAUCGGUGCGGAAGGCGUCAGUCAACACUAUCACAAUGCAUUGGGGGAGCUUCAUCGUGAGCUGAGGCGGCCCAUGCUGCAACGUUCUGUCUUUUCUUUCGCCCAGACGACCCCACGCGAGCUUGUGCGUUCGAGAAUUUCCGUGCCCGAGAUCCAGCAAAGAGCUUUAUCGUACCUCCCAGACGAGCUUCUAAGCAAUAUUCCGGAAGAUAAGAGUGCUUAUUCGCUUUUCGAAGGAUUUCAAGCUUCUCUCCCCGAAGACCACGAAGUAAAUUCGAAGGGUGGCAAACAUAAUGCAAAAGGGCAAAAGUUGAUAGGCGGGGCAGUUGAGGAGGAUGAGGAUGCAAACCUUCCACCUUCGAUGAUAAAAUUGAAGAAUCAAAAGCGUAGUAUGGGCCGUCGCUUGGACAUGAUGAGCGUCAGGAAGCACAUGUGUGCGGCCGAGAUCCACGAAAUUGAUAACAAGAUUGCCAACCUCAAUACGAUGCGCAAGAUGGUGUUAGAUAGGCUCGCCGGGCUAGAAAUGGAAGAGGCGGAACUUGAGCAAGACUUGUUGGAGGUAGAAAACAACAUUGAGGACCUUGAGGAAGAGCUAGAAGACGCUGCCGCGUUGGCCCCCAAAUCUCCCGACUCACCGUCAACGGUAGCCACGCACGAUGGAGAAGAUUUCAUGUCGGAAUCAAUCUACCAGAAGAUGGGCUCACCUAAAUCCAAGCGGAGAAAGGCAAGGCAACGAAGGAUAUCAAUUCCUAUACUUCACGAACAUUUGGAGCCUGGAUCCAAGAUCAAAGAAUGGGAGGCCCACACCGAUGCCAUAACUGCGAUGGAUUUUGACGCACCCUGGGGAACUCUUGUAACUGCUGCUUUGGAUGAUACCGUCCGUGUCUGGGACAUGAACGCUGGGCGUUGUAUUGGUCUUCUCGAGGGACAUCUCUCAUCUGUGCGCUGCCUUCAGGUGGAGGACAACAUCGUUGCCACUGGAUCAAUGGACGCCUCUAUCCGCCUUUGGGAUUUGAGCAAAGCGGAAUAUGCACCCAUGGAUAACCGAACACACAAAACUGAUGACGAUGAGGACGAGGACGACGGUCUAACCUUUGAGAAUUCCGAGGACGCGCCGCCUCCACCACCACCUACUAUCAUGCAAGACUGUCCCAUGUUCACCCUCGCCUCUCACGUGGACGAGGUCACUGCACUCCACUUCCGUGGAGACGUUUUGGUUUCUGGCUCUUCCGAUAAAACUCUAAGGCAAUGGGAUUUGGUUAAAGGUCGAUGUGUUCAGACCCUCGACGUUCUGUGGGCUGCUGCACAGGCCACGGCAUCGAACAAUGUUAAUAAUACGGAUUCAUGGCGACAGACAGGUCGGGCACCAGACCCUUCAGCGGAUUUCGUUGGUGCUCUUCAGGUAUUUGAUGCUGCUCUGGCUUGCGGUACCGCCGACGGAAUGGUUCGACUGUGGGAUCUUCGCAGCGGUCAAGUUCACCGAAGCCUGGUCGGACAUACGGGCCCUGUCACCUCUCUUCAAUUUGACGACUUUCAUUUGGUCACCGGAAGCAUGGAUAGAAGCGUUCGGAUAUGGGAUCUUCGAACAGGCUCGAUUCAUGACGCAUACGCCUAUGACAACGGUAUCACCAGCAUGAUGUUUGAUUCUCGCCGCAUUGUCUCAGCAGCGGGUGAAGAUGUUGUCAAGAUCUACGACAAGGCAGAGAGCCGCCAUUGGAACUGCGGCCCCGGUGUCGGAGUGGACGAUUCGGAUACCUCCGCUCUCUCCACGAUCGACCGGGUGCGUAUCAAGGAAGGCUUCAUGGUGGAAGGCCGCAAGAACGGAAUGAUUGGUAUCUGGUCCUGCUAG